AUGGCCAAAUACCUUGAUCGUUAUUAUAUGAGCUCAGAAUAUUCAACUCCAUCAUUACCUCUCUUUUACAAUCAAAAUUCUUCCAACACAUGUUAUUACACCACCAUCGCGAACUCGUUAUUAAACAAUUUUCCUACUCCAUUUAAUCAUUACGGCGUUAAUAAUGGUAAUAAUUCUUUUGACUCGGGGUAUAUUAAUAGCCAGGAAACAAAUGUAAACAAUAAGCCAUCCUUAAAAUUUAAAUACGAUAUCCUCCCCUAUAUCAACCAAUAUGGCUGGCACAAUGGCAUGGAGGGGGCUAUAUCACGAGACCUAUUCGAGCCAACAAGUCCCUAUUUCCCAAUGUCUAGGCCCAAGUGUAUCAAUAGUAAUACACAUUGCAUCGGUUUUGAUUCCUCAUCACAAAUUGAUAAAAAUAAUUUGCGCAAUGGGAUUAAUAUAUGUGAAACCAAUAAUCCUCCCAUUAAUAUAUGUGACACAGAAGCAAAUUCGAUAUUCAUGUGCGAUAGGAAUUACCGGAACUACUACAGCAACAAUAAGAGUAUUAUGGCCCCUUUGCCUAAAUGUCCUAUUAACAUCUAUACAUCCAACGUUAAUUUCCUGCAAUCGAAUUUAUCCAUAAAUACAUUUUAUAGUUACGAUACCGUUUUUAGCUUACAAAAUGAUGAAUUGAAGGAUAUUAAUAUUUCAAAUAUCUAUGAUAAUAAUCCAAGAUACGUUGCAUUGACGCCUAAUUGCGAAUUAGAUCCUAUUAGUUCCAAUAUUGAUGCAAAUGAUACAAUUCGUAAUAAAAAGGACAAUCUACCGUCGAAAAAAACUAACUUCGAUUCAAUAAAGCGAGAUAUACUCUUACUAAACUAUUUAGCGGAUGGUAAAGGAGAUGAUGAUCUUGACAUCGUGAAACACAAACAGAGGAGAGUGAGGACGACAUUUACGGGAAAUCAACUUAGAGAAUUGGAAAGUGUAUUCGAAAAAACCCAUUAUCCUGAUAUAUAUAUGCGCGAAGAUAUAGCGAUGAAAAUAGAACUAACCGAAGCUAGAAUUCAAGUCUGGUUUCAGAACCGAAGAGCAAAAUACAGGAAAAUCGAAAAGCCGCAAGACAAUCCACCCUAA